AUGUCCUACGAUCAGUACAAUCAGAACCCUUACCAGCAGGGCUCAGCUCAGGAUAACUCCUAUGGCUAUGGCCAGGCCAAUCCUUAUGCGCAAGACGCGCCAGCCCAUGGUAAUGACCAAUAUGAAAUGCAGGAUUAUUCGCAACAGGCUACAGCUACUAGCUCAAGUCUUUCUCAGCAAGAAUUCCUGAACCGCGUGCAGAAACUCCGCGAUGAGAUCAAGGGUCUGACCAACGACGUCGACUACAUCGGCCAGCUCCACCAACGCACCCUCAGCAGUACCGAUGGGUCCGCCAACCAUGACCUCGAGCAGUAUGUUUCUCAGACCCAGAUCCGAAACACCGCUAUCAAGGACGGCAUCAAGGGACUCGAGCGCGAUCUUGCAAAGACCAAUGACAGCUCCCGUACCACAAAGAACACCCAGCUGCAGUCCCUCAAGACCUUCUUUAAGUCAGAGCUCGACAAAUACCAGAGCAUCGAGCGGGAUUACCAGCAGCGCUAUCGCGAUCAGAUUGCCCGUCAGUACCGUAUCGUCAACCCCGAUGCUUCCGAGCAAGAGGUUCAAGAAGCCGCCAGCGCCGACUGGGGCAACGAGGGUGUGUUCCAGACUGCUCUACGAACAAAUCGUACCGGGCACGCCAGCUCCGUACUCGGUAAUGUUCGCGCCCGUCACAGUGAACUUCAGCGCAUUGAGCAGACUCUUUCCGAGCUUGCCAUCCUCUACCAGGAGCUCGCCACCAUUGUCGAGCAGCAAGAGCCGGUUAUCCAGGCCGCUGAAACCAAUGCGAUCAACACCGUCGAUCACAUGGAGAAGGGCAACGAGCAAGUCGAGGUGGCCAAGAAGCACGCCGCCAACCGCCGCAAGCUCAAGUGGUGGUGUGCCCUCGUCGUCCUGCUCAUCGUCAUCGCUAUUGCUGUGGGCGUCGGUGUCGGUGUUUCUGUGGCCAACAACAACAAGUAG